AUAGGUCAGUGCAAAAUCCUAUAUUUUUUUGUUUUUGUUUUAUGUCAGUAUCAAUUUCAAGAAAAGAAAUAAGAUAUCACUGCAACUUUUAUACUUAAUUUAUCACAUUACUUGCAGUCCUCAGUGUAACAAAUAACUAUUGGUCUAGUCUAAAAAAUAUUUUUUUUAUAUAUAAUUGUUUGGAUAAUUUCUGAAAUGGAUCCAAUCACAGUUUUACAAAGUAGAAUUGAACAACUUGAAGCCAAGUUAGGUUUAGCUGUGAGUUCGACUCCAGAUGGUCAACAGGGAGAUUCUGCUACCAGCCAUUUACUCAACGCGGCUCAAACUGUGAACAAUGCCACAAUGGGACAUGAAAAGCUCUCUGAAGCUGUGGAUAUGGCCAACGAACUGAAUAACUACACUGACCCAAAUUUCGUGGAAAUGAGUGAACAGACCAACAAGCACAAGCAGGUGGUGGCAGCUGCGGAGCCCGUGCUGCGCCACCAUUGCUCCUGCAUGCACCGUUGCAAACAGGUAACUACCAUACACCACACGCAACCUUCACAACAGUUUCUUUGCACAACUUACAUUGUUAUAUUUAAAUUAUGUAGGUAUCCUUUAUUAAUUAUGAUUCGUUAGUUUAGCUUAGCAUAA